UGUGCAGCGCGCAGCGCGCGCCGUCCUUGCAGAGCGGAAAGAGACAGACACACGUGCGACAGCAAUGCGACACAGGUCAGAUCGGUCACCGCUGUGAAUUCCCGCCCCAGCAAAUGUUUGCGACCUCGACCUGUUUCCGACCGCGCCGAUCAAUGGGCGUGCACGCAAUUAUAACGAGCGAAGAAAGUAGAGAAUAAGAACUACUCAGAGAGACGGGACAGAGAAAGAAUGUCGGUUGCUAGAACCAGAGCUGUCCCCGACUAAACUGGAGACGGUGCAGCAAAUGUCGCCGUCUCACUAUCCCGACAAGCGCUCGUACGUGGCUGCCUACAAGAGAAUGGUUCAAAUGGUACUCGAGACACCAGACGACAGAGCUAAACUGCAGAAAUACCUAAAAGAAUUCCACGACACAUACAUUGUGGAGGAUCUUAUUGAGAACCUAAAGAACUUGCUGAAUGCUCCAAAGCGCCGACAGCUCUACUACGCCAUUAGGCCACUCGUUCCAAGUCGACUGAGGCAAGAAUACAACUCCCUCCUACCUCAUGUCCCCACAAAUGAGAGGAAAGUGGUGAAUAUCAAACAGACAGGAGGAGCUGGUUUUGGCUUCACUAUCCGUGGAGGAAGAGAGUUUGGAUGUGGCAUCUUUGUCUCAAGUGUAUUGCCUUCUUCCAAAGCUGCACAAAAUGGACUGAAGCCGGGAGAUGAGAUAGUUAGAGUGAACGGGCUAACGCUCUGCCAAGCAACCAACGAAGAGGUCGUGAACCUCAUCAAACUAAAGAAGACGCUCCUCUUGACCUGCAAAAGUGUGGGGAUGAUUCCAGACCAGAGUCCUACCACAGGUGAGAUAACCUGGAUGACUGUAGUGCGAGACAACAAGAAGCACCACACAUCCAGCUCUCGACUGGCCACCCAGGGACCUAUUGUGAAGUGUGCUCGCAGAGUUCAAGUCAACAUGGACGGGAGCACUGUACUGGGUGCUAGCAUAAAGACCAGCGCAGACAGCCACAGCGGAGUUCAUAUUGUGGACAUAACACCCAACUCUGUCGCCCACAAUGCCGGACUUAAGGUUGGAGAUGAGAUACUUGAAGUGAAUGGACAGAGUUUGCAGAACAUCUCUCAUCAGGAUGCCAUCAAGAUGCUCAAGUCCAGCGACACUCUAAUGCUCACCGUCAGAGUUGAAGAGUCGUUCCACAGAGGUCAACUGCACCACCAGUUUUUGCAAAUCCUCCGGCCGCUUUGA